GGGUAGCGGUGUGUGUGGGUAGAGAGCUCGCCGAUAUAAUUUCGCGGCUGGUGUCGCGCGGCGCGUCGUGCACGACGUCCGGCGUGCGCGAAGGAAAGGCUAACAGUUCGCCGGCGGGAGGACGGACGGACGUGCGUAACGUGCGUGCGUAUGUCGUGCGGUAUGCAACGCGACGAUCGCGCCCCGUUCGUCGCUCGUGUGUCGUGUGCGUGCUCGAGCGUGAGGCGAACGCGAGAGCUCCGACACCCUGAGAACUCCUUACCCCCGCGCCAUCUGUCGUCUGUCCGUGGCCCUUCUCUCUUUCUCUCUCUCUCUCCCUUUCGCGACGUUUCCUGCGUCGUUCGCGCUAUCUGGUGGCAGCCGCCGGUACCGAGCUCGUCGGAACGCGCGCUCUUGUCGACGAGGAGUUGUCAGCGAAAAGCGUAAUCAGGAGUAAUUUUAUACGCUGCGCCCCGCUAAAUCCGUCCCGACGCAUGUGUGAAUAACGAACGACGACGUGGUUGUAUUAAUAGGCGACUCGAUCGCCGGUAGUGAGUAGUACUCGCGAGUAACUUGGCGGAGCGCCAUCACUAUUUUCGACGACGAGAAAGCCGAUCGUAGCCUGCCGACGAGUAUUCGCCGUUGUAUCCGAUCGCGGAUCCUCCUGGCGCGAGCCGUCGCCGUCAUCCGACAUGCAGCCGGCGGUCCUCUUCCUCGUGUCGUCGAUUUAUUUGCUGUCGGUCGCGUCGGAGAAUAUCGUCCUGAUUAUUACCGACGAUCAGGACUUGACUCUAGAUGGCAUGACGCCGAUGACGCAAACGCAGAACCUCAUCGGACAGCAUGGCGCUACGUUCACAAAUUGUUUCGUAGCUUCGCCUAUCUGUUGCCCCAAUCGAGCGUCCAUCCUGACCGGACGUUACCAGCACAAUCAUCUGACGGUGAACAAUACCAUCGCCGGAGGUUGUAGUAGCGCAGAGUGGCAGCAGUCGCAAGAACCGGCGACAUUCGCCGCUCUUCUACGGAAAGUCGCCGGAUACAAAACGUUUUACGCGGGAAAAUACUUGAACGAGUACGGGAACGGUAAAGUCGGCGGAGCGGCUCACGUGCCGGUAGGAUGGGACUGGUGGGCCGGUCUUUUGGGGAACUCGAAAUAUUACGAUUACUCCUUAUCGAUAAACGGUACCGAGAGGACGUACGGUAACGGUACGAGCGAUUAUUUCACCGACGUAAUCAGUAAUCUGGCGUUGGAUUUUAUUAACGCGCACACAGGAGACCAGGUACCUUUCCUCAUGGUAUUAGCACCUCCGGCCCCUCACGCGCCCUUCACACCUGCGGAUAGAUAUAAUAAUAAAUACAAUAGCACAAAAGCGAAGAGAACCCCGAAUUUUAACAUCCCGGUGCAUCAGGAUAAACAUUGGUUAGUUAGACACGGCCCGGCCCCUUUACCGGAGUCUGUGUUAUCGAAGUUAGACGAGAUAUACAGGAGGAGGUGGGAGACAUUAUUGGCGGUCGACGAGUUAGUCAAAACCGUAUACACGUCGUUGAAGAAGCGAAAUCUCCUGCACGAAACUUACUUCGUCUACACUUCCGACAACGGAUAUCACAUUGGUCAGUUCAGUAUGCCUAUGGACAAGCGCCAACCCUACGAAACUGAUAUACGAGUUCCGUUAUUGAUAUCCGGUCCGGGAAUUGUCCCGGCUACUAUUUCCGCGCCUGUUAGUAGCGUCGAUAUCUUCGCGACGCUCUUAGAUAUAGCCGGCGUGGAGUAUCCGUCGGAUGGAAUAACGUUGUUUAAGAAGCACGAUAAUUUGCCCGAGGAUCGCACUCUCCUGAUAGAAUACAGGGGGGAGAGAUCUAAGCAAAGACCGUCCUCCGGAUGCCCGAGUGACAAUGAUCUGAACGUAACGUUGUGCAUGAAAGACAUGAUGUGCAAGUGUCAGGACGCCGCGAACAAUACGUUCAGUUGCAUUCGCCGCAUCUCCCCGGACUUCAACAACAUCUUCUGCGUCUUCGAGGACAACCAAAAAUUUAUCGAGGCUUACGAUCUGAACGUCGACGAAUAUCAAUUGACAAAUAUCGGGUACACCAUGAAAAAGGGGCCGAGACACAAAUAUCGCCAGCGAUUGGCGAGAAUGACGGCGUGUCAGGGGGUCAGCUGCAUUCUCGCGGUAUUUCCGAAGGCAAGAACUGAUUAUCCGGCGACGAGAAGCGAUUAUCCGAGGGCGAAUCGAACGACGAACGGAGGAAGCAACGGAUCCCGCUUGUUACUCGAACUUUUACUGGUAUUCAUCUUCAUACCUCUCGCUAUAUCCACACGUCCGUUAUUGUAAGAGUUACGAAGUAUAAUAAAGUGUCUUAAAUCAA